AUGGCCGGGGCCCUGCCCGUCCUGCUGCUGCCUCUCCAGGCGCCGCCGGGCCCCCUCGCCCGGGCCCAGCUCAGCCGGCGCCAAGAGGCCCUGGCGCUCGCCUCCCACGCCGGCCGGGAGCUGCGCUGGACGGGGCCCGGGUGGGAAGGCGGCAGCCGCCGGCCCGCCCUCGUCGCCCUGCCCGGCGCCUGCUCAGACUUUGUGUGGGAGAAUUUCGAAGACAAUGAUCCAGUAGCGGACAGCCUGAAACUACUGACUGUGAGCCACACCCGUGAACUUUCUGUAUACGAAGUUUCUCCAAAGGUUCAACAAUGUGAGGCGACGCUCCUGCACAGCUGCAGUGAAGACCGGCUAAAGAAGCUGAUCGAACAAAAAAAUAUUAGUGUACCACCAGUCUCCUCUUUGAGAGUGCUGUCAUUUGAAAAUGGCAGAGCUUUGCUCAUGCUCAACAGCUUUGUUGUUGUACGCCUUGCUUUUCUGGGAGGAGGACAGGAGGUCGAAGAGCUAGAAGACUGUUUUUUCCUUGACCUGUCGCCCCAAGUUUUGGAAAGGAUAGUGGAUGCUUCCUUUUGCAGAGGCAUUGUUGUCUUGUUAGACGAGUCAGGAUGGAUAUAUGUCUUUGAUGCAAUAGAUGGGACGUAUCUGGCCUAUGUUGAUGUUGCCCUCUAUCAAGCAGAGGGGCAAGAUGAGAAGAACCCAGACCUCCUGUUACCCCUUAAAUCGUUCAAAGUAUCACAUGAUCUCAGUGUUGCUGUGAUCACCAACUGCUCCGGCUAUGCUGCAGCUGUUGACCUUGAUUUGUAUUUCAGAGAAUAUCCUGGCCAUUUACUCUGCAAGAGAAACUUUGACAAUCUUCCUGUAGAACAACUGAAGGAGAUGGAUGAGGAGGACCUUAGAAGCUCAGGUUGCAGUAUGACGCUUGUGGACCAGGCAUUUCGGACAGACAGGUCCUGGAAGGCACACUUAAUUUCAUUAUAUGAAACAACCAAAAGAGUUUACUCUCCGAAUUUGGUAGCUGAUGCUUACUUACCUUGGUAUCAAUACUGCCUACGUCUGGGGCACCAUGACUGUAAGAUCCAUGAAGCUUCUGAUACCUCCCUUCUUCAAGAUGUUGCUUAUGUCUUUUCAAAUGCAAGAAGGAAAGAUCAUAAAGAAUCAAAGGAAAGAGAUAGACGGUGGAGGAACCUGAAUCAACGAGGGCUGGAAGACUGUGUGAAAACUGAAUGUAAAUCUGUGACAGGUUUUAGUGCAUUAUUCGCUGUCUCAAGUGAGAGCGAAGGACUGACUCUGAUUCUUUGGGAUUUGGAGACUCAAGAUAUUGUGCGUUCUCACAUGGGCAAAAAUUCCUUCUUUGUGGAAUGCAGCGAAGAGGAGCAGUUGUGUCUCGUUCUUUCAGAGCCUGGACUCUCCUUGGUUCUGUUUGGCUUAACUCAAGAGGAAUUCUUGAAUAGGCUGAUAAUCCAUGGUCGUGCCGGCACUGUGGAUUCUCUUUGCCGUCUCAACGGAUGGGGAAGAUGUUCUAUUCCCAUACAUGCCUUAGAGGCUGGCUUGGAGAACCGGCAGCUAGACACUGUGGAUUUUUUUUUAAAGAACAAGGAGAAUCUUUUCAGUGUCUCUCCAACUUGUUCCUUAGAAGAGCAGACUUCAGAUAUCACAUCAGAUUUUUACUUGAAGAGUGUUGAAGAACUGAGGCCAGCCUUGGACUUGCUUUGUUUGGCAAUCCAAGAAAACGACUUGGAAGCACAGAGCAAACACUUCUCGGAGCAGCUGCUGAGCCUCACCUUGUCUUUCCUUAACAAACAACUCUGUGAGAUUUUCGUCCACGUGGAAGAACUGGAUGAACAUCUGGAUGGAUGUGUGCAUAUUUUAACCAGCUACAUCACUAAACUUAGGGCAUUUAUGAUAAAGUUCCCUCGCAAGCAGUCCAGCAUCCUAGGCACACCGUGCGAUCUUGAGGAAGACGUGCCCCGAGUGCAGCAAUGCCAGACAUGGGAGCAGCUCAGCACAGAGCAAAUUAUUGCCAACGCUAUUUUAAACAACAAACUGCCAGAAGCACAGACCUUUUUCCGGAUGACUGGUAAUCCUGCUCAGAAGCUAGAGGAGUUGACCUACAUUGGGCUGGAGCUGGCCUGCAGAAGCCUUCAGAAGGGUGAUGCCAAAGAGGCCUCCAAGCUCUUAACAAACAUGGGGUUUGAUGUAAUGAAGCAGCUGCACAGAAUAUGUUUCUACACCAGUGACCAGCCUGUCCGUGACUUCUUGGUGAAAGUGUUGCAAGAGGAAAAUUACUUUUCUGAGGCGGAAAAGGAAAUGAUCGACUUUGUAUACCAGGUGGAGAAUGCUUACUCAGGAGCUUCCCAGGAGAAUUCUGAGAACACCCAGUCCAGGGACUGGAGGAAGAAAAAGGAUCCGUCUGCCCACACAGCUGCUUUGGAUGUGCUAAUGAACUGCAAUCAAGACCGAGUUCAUAAUGGAGAGCACAGAGUUAUGUUAAACUGGGCUCAGUCCUGGGAUCCGGUCACGCGAGAGAUUGUCCUUCUCCCCACCCGAUCCCCAGAAGAAUUGAAGUCAUGCAAUCCAGAGGUUCUUUGGAUGCAUUUGUCAUCCUGGCAUGACUGGAGCAACAUCAGUUCGUGGAUUGCAGACUCUCAGUUGCAGGGCAGCAGCACAAAGUGGCCGGCACUGUCCACGGAGGCCCUUGACAGAAGUACCUUGUGCAGCUAUUACAUGAGAAACGAAAUAUUGGACAGCCUGGCUAGAAACGGGGUUUUUGCACCAGUAGAACUAGAAGAUUUCAAGUGCCUUCUUCAAAGGCUGAUUCAUGCUGGAGGAGUGAUGCAAAAUCCGCAGCCCGUCUCAGAGUAUUCAUCCCCUGGGGGCUUUGAUUUCCAUGCCUGCUUUAUCCUUUACUGUUUAGACCGUGGGCUGAACCAUCUACUCUACACUUACUUAGAUUGUUAUCGAUUAUUUUCUUCCAAUUGUCCCAUUUUGGGUGACCAGGCGCUGCAUGAAGCUCAUCCUUGGUUUGAGUUUCUCGUGCGGUGUCGAGACAUCACCAGCAGCCCCGGAGAUGCAGAGAUGAUUUUUCAGGCUAGCCUGGCAAAUGCCCAGAUCUUGAUUCCCAGCAACCAGGCCAGUGUGAGCACCAUGCUUCUGGAAGGACGGACGCUGCUGGCCCUUGCCACCACAAUGUAUGCUCCUGGAGGUAUUGACCAGAUUCUUCAGAAUGGAAGUGGAAGAGAGAAUCCUGCCAAGAAGGUGGACACCCAGCUGUUCAGGAUGGCCCUCACUCCCUAUCCCAAGCUCAAAGCCGCCCUCUUCUCCCCGCUUGCCUCUCAUGGCGUCUUGCCUUCUGACGUCUCUCUGUACCAUCUUGUUCAGGCAUUAGUUCCAUUUGAUUCCGCUAAAUUGUUUGGUUGGCAGCCAGCAAAUUCACUUGCUAUGCCUGACGUUGGCAGUGAUCUUCCUCACUUCUCAUGCCUCCGUCUCAUCAACAAAUACGCUGUGAUAGAGCGGCUGGACUUCUGCUACUACUUGCGACACGAGCGCCCCUCUUUUGCUUUUGGGGCCUUCUUGGUCCAGCAACUGGCAAAGAGCAAAACCCCAAAGCAGCUGGUCCAGUGGGCAGGCCACAAAGCCUAUGGGCUGGCCCUCUCGCUCUUUCAUGUCCCUUCUGUCGCUGCUGCCUGUGUUUGUUUUCUGGAAUUGUUGGGCCUGGAUAGCCUCAAGCUCCGAGUGGACGUCAAAGCGGCAAACGUGAUCUUGAGCUUCAUGUCUCAAAGAGAGGAACCGCAGCACAACUCCAUCCGAGAGUCCUUGGUUGAAAAACUGACAGAGCUGGUGGAGGGAGAAAGAACAGCUGCAGAAGAGCUCCUUGUUUGCCUGGAGGAAGCAGUUUGGGAUAAGAUUGAGCAUCAGAACAUAAAGAAGACAUCCAGCAGCACGAGGAAGCAGUGGUCACUAGUGGUCCAGUUUUGCAGGCUCCACAAUCUUAAGCUGAACACAUCCUACCUCCGAGAGUGCGCGAGGUCGAACGAGUGGCUGCAGUUUCUCAUCGAAGCCCAAAUGUACGACUACCAGCCAGUCGAGGUCCUCGCCAUCCUCCCGGACUUCGCCCCUCCCCUGCAGGACCACCUGAGGCUGGCCUUCGAGAGCCUGCGGGCCCCCCUCCCUUGGGUGGGCAGCCAGGUUAGCAGCCCCUGCCUGUGGAGGCACGAGAAGAAGCCUGGCAGCCCCACGGGUGAUCUCUUCCACAUUCUGCUUCAGUGUCAGAGCCAGCCCCAGCCGUGGCGCUUCCUCCUGCGGGAGACCCUGCACCACCGCGUCCCUGUCCUGAGCGUGCUUGCUGCCUGCUUCCAGGACGCCAACAUUCUUCACUGCCUCUGCAUUUGGAUAAUAACUUCUCUGGAUAGCUCCACCGCGGGUGAAGUGACCGACCACAUGGAAGGUUCAGUUGAAACCCACGAGUGGGACAUUCAGGACUUGGCCACCCUCUGGCAGGUCCUUUUGAGGAGGCAAAAAGUUAGAACUCUUCUGAAUGGUUUUCAGCUCUUUCUGAAGGACUCUCCUUUGCUGACCAUGCUUGAGGUUUACGAGUUGUGCAUGGACUACAAAAAUUACCAUGAAGCUCAGACCAAACUCCUUGAGCUCCAAGCCAGUCUUUCAAAACUUCAAGCCACAGAUGAAGAAUUGCCUCCCAUUCUGCCUGCACCGUGGUUGAAGACACAGGUCGCAUUUCUUCUUGAGCUGAUGCUACAGCAGUGCAGAACGCAGUACGAGUUACGAAGGCUCCUUCAGAUUCUUGCUGAUACAGACACCGUUCUUCCUCAUGGGCCAGAUAUGAAGAAGCUGAGUGCGCUCUGCUGGAUCUUGAAGGACUCAUCUAUCUCAAUCAGUCGUGCCAUUUUAAGCUGUUGCACUCCUGAGAAUCUCUCGAAUGAGUGCAGAAGAAUUCUGGAGCAGCUUCAGGAGAGGAGCUGGUUCUCCAAGGCACGGGAAGUGGCAGAAAUGGCCGACCUGCCUGUGGACCACGUUGUUGUCCAAGAGAUGCUCCAGAAUUUGCAUCUCUUGAAUGAGAUUGGCCAUUGGCCUCAGAAGCAGACAAGGGUUGAAUUUUGGAAGAAAUGCCAUGAGAACUUUGUGAGAAAUGCUGUUUCGAAUCAAACAGCCUUCCAUUUCUUCUCUGCUCAGGCAGAUGCAGUGUCUGAGCCCCUGGACAACGAGAGAAUGUCCGGCAUUCAGGAGAGACGCCUUCUGCUCACGUUGGCUGGCCACUGGCUAGCCAGCAGUGAUCCAAUCCCACUUGAUGAACUGGAAGUGAUAGAGAGAAAAAUUUGGCUUUGUCAUGUUGCACAACAUGCCUCAAGCCAGGGUGCCGGGACAGCCAAGCAUCGAUUCUCUCAUCAGAUUUCCACGAGUGGUGAACUUUCCUUCGAUGCCUUGGCCAAAGAGUUCUCCUUUUCCAAGCUACCAGCUCUGAGCUCCCCCAAAUACCUGCAACUUGAGGGGCUGCCCUCCCAAGAUGCGUCGCAGGCCACCCUUCCAGACGCGGACGUGGAAUGGCUGAGCUUCUUGAUUGGACGCCUUUUAGACGAGGGCAGCGUGCACGAAGCCAGCCGUGUGUGCCGGUACUUCGACUUCUACAGCCGAGACCUGUUGCUGGUCUUGCACUGUCGAGCGCUGGCCGCGGGGGAAGCCUCUCGCAGCUGCUGCCACCCCCAGGUCCAAGCUGUCCUUGCAGCGAGAGCAGAGGAGGAGGAGGAGGAGGAAGGGGACUGGGAGCCGCAGAACAGGCAUCUGCAACGCGCCUCCAGCUGGGAGUCCUGGUCCUUUGCAGGGGCUCCGUGUUCGGAUGAUAAGGUCGUUGGCAGCCUGCAGGCCCUGACCGCCGAAUGCGUGCACGGGCGCAACUACUGCCGGCAGGUCCUCUGCCUCUAUGAACUGUCCAAGGAGCUCGGCUGCUCGUUCAGUGAGAUCUCUGCCCAGGACUCUGAAAAGCUGCUCCGUGCCCUCCUGUCCUCUCAGCAGCCAGACAGGUGCCCAAAGGCACAGGCAUUCAUCACCACCCAGGGGCUGGAGCUGGAGACGGUGGCCGAGCUGGUGGCUGAGGAGGUCAUGCGGGAGCUGCUGGCCCGUUCGCAAGGGGAAGGAGGGCAGAGCCAAAUACUGGAUCCGGCAGAGGAGAGCCAGGUGUUCUUGCAACUGGCCAAACUGUGCCAGGACCCCACCCUGGUGGGCAUGAAGCUACUGGAUAAAAUUUCUUCUGUGCCACACGGGGAGCUUGCCUGCACCACGGAGCUGCUGAUUCUGGCCCAUCACUGCUUCAGCUUGACCUGUCACAUGGAAGGGAUCACUCGCGUCCUUCAAGCUGCCCGGCUGCUCACAGAUGAACAUUUGGCUCCCAAUGAAAAGUAUGGCCUCAUGGUUCGGCUUCUCACUGGAAUAGGCAGAUACAAUGAGAUGACGUACAUCUUCGACCUGCUGCAUGAAAAACAUUACUUUGAGGUGCUGAUGAGGAAGAAAUUGGAUCCGAGCGGGACCCUCAAGACAGCCCUGCUGGACUACAUCAAGCGCUGCCGCCCCGGAGACAGCGAGAAGCACAACAUGAUUGCCCUCUGCUUCAGCAUGUGCCGGGAGAUCGGGGAGAACCACGAGGCGGCGGCCAACGUGCAGCUGAAGCUCAUUGAGUCUCAGCCUUGGGAGGAGAGCCUCCAGGACAUGCCAAACCUGAAGAAACGCCUGAUGAAAGCCCUGACCCUCUUCAUAGAUGCCGCUGAAAGCUAUUCCAAGGACUUCUGCGUGCGCCACUCCCUGCGCUGCAACAGGCUGACCAAGCUCAUCACCCUGCAGCUCCAUCUCCUGAACAGCGGCCGCAGCACCAAGCUGAUCAGCCUCCGCCGGCAGGACCUGCUGGAGUGCAUCGUGAACCUGCCCAGGUUCUACCAGGCUGCUAUUGUGGCAGAUGCCUAUGACUUUGUCCCUGACUGGUCGGAGGUCCUGUAUCAGCAAGUGAUUGUCAAGGGUGACUUCAGCUACCUGGAGGAGUACAAGCAGCGCGGCCUGCUCAAGGCGAGCACCUUUGAGGACAUCGCUCAGAAGCUGAAGCGGCACCCAGGCAGCGUGGCUCCUCUGAAGAACCUGAAGAGGCUUCUGACUUACUGUGAGGAUAUCUAUGUCUAUUACAAGCUGGCUUAUGACCACCAGCUCUUUGACGUGGUGACCAUGCUGCUGCAGGAUCCCCAGACUGGCUGUUGCUUGAAUGACCUUUUGGCAAACUAG